AAGUGCCAAUCCCUUUACAAACAUACCCUAUAACUGAUUUAUUCUUGUUACCCAUAAGAAACCUUCAAAUUCUAUAAUUUAUUAUCACUUGUUCUCUUCCCCUGUUAUGCCCUCCUAUAAUUGAAUGUGAUUGGACAGAAUUGGACAGAGGAGGGUACUGAGAGGUUUUCCCUCUUGUGAUUGUUCUAUAUAAACCAGCUUCAACAGGCCUAAGUUUCGCAUCAAAUUAAGCAAUUGAGAUGGAGAAGAAAGUGGCUAUUCUUUUUGUUCUUUCGUUUGCUCUGUUUCUGGGUUUUGCCCAGAGUUUUGAUUUCCAAGAAAAGGAUUUGGAGACCGAAGACAGUCUCUGGAGCCUGUAUGAGAAGUGGAGGAGUCACCAUACUGUUUCUAGAGAUCUUUCUGAGAAGCAAAAGCGCUUCAAUGUGUUCAAAGAGAAUGUCAAGUACAUUCAUGAAUUCAACAAGAAGGACCACCCUUACAAGUUGAAGCUCAACAAGUUCGGAGACAUGACCAACCAUGAGUUCAAGAGCGUCUACGCAGGCUCCAAAGUGAAGCACCACAGCAUGCUGCGAGGGGCUUCUCGUGCCUCCAGUGGCUUCAUAUACGAGAACUUCGAAAACGUCCCUGCUUCCAUUGAUUGGAGGGCGAAAGGUGCGGUCAACCCUGUCAAGAACCAAGGCCAAUGUGGAAGUUGCUGGGCUUUCUCAACUGUUGUUGGUGUUGAGGGAAUAAAUCAAAUCAAGACCAAGAAACUCAUCUCCUUAUCUGAGCAGGAGCUCGUCGAUUGCAGCACUGAGAAUUCAGGAUGUAAUGGAGGACUCAUGGAUUACGCAUACGAGUUCAUUAAAUCGAAUGGAGGGCUCACCACAGAGGCGAACUAUGGCUACACAGCCCAAGAUGGGUCUUGUGAUGCAUCAAGGUUGAAUGCUCCUUUGGUGAUAAUUGAUGGACAUCAAGACGUUCCUGCUAACAACGAGGCUGCCCUGUUGAAAGCCGUCGCAAACCAACCUGUCUCUGUUGCCAUUGAAGCCAGUGGUUAUGCUUUCCAGUUCUACUCAGAGGGAGUAUUCUCUGGACCUUGCGGAACAGAGCUAGAUCAUGGUGUGGCCAUUGUGGGAUACGGAGCCGCUGCUGAUGGAACCAAGUACUGGAUCGUGAGGAACUCAUGGGGAGCAGACUGGGGAGAGCAAGGUUACAUUAGAAUGCAGCGUGGCAUCAAAGCUAGUCAUGGACUGUGUGGUAUAGCAAUGCAAGCCUCUUAUCCCAUCAAAACUUCCCCUAAUAGCGAGGCCGUCAAGGACGAACUCUGAGGAAGAGUGAAGAUGUUUCAUAUCAGAGCUUAAUAAUAUCCUCUCUUCUUUGAUC